AUGUCGAAUAGUCCAACAGAUACAGUUACACCGGUGCGUCCAACACAACAACGUCCACCGAGAAUUCCAACACAAACUGCCGAUGGUGAUACAAUGGAACGACUUUUUCAAGCAUUAUUUUAUCGUAUUGCAGUUAUUUAUGCUCGAGCUAUUCCUAAACAUAUUCGGCGAUUAGGAGAAACUGCGAUACUUGUUAUGGCAAUUAUUUGUAUGAGUUUACUUAUUUAUCUUCAUGUUGUAUUCAAUCAAAAACCAGUGACAUGUCUUUCUCAUUUACAUGAUGUUUGGCCAAAACAAGGUGUACUUCGUGUUGAACUUUUUUUUGAAACACCACCUGAAGGUUAUAAUCUUCAACAAUCCUAUGCUAAAGAAUAUCAAAGUGAUUAUAUUUAUGAUAAUAAUGAGAAAUCUUCUUUACCAAAACAAUCAUUCGAAUCUCUGCCAGUAGCUGAAAUAUCUAUUGAACAAUCCGAGGAUACUAUUUCAGAAGAAUUUUAUUCUAAUACGAGUGUAAAUUCUUCAUUAGUAUCUUCAAUAGAAACGUCGGAUGAUUCAUUUACGAAUAAUUCAUUCAAUAAGACAAUAAAUAAUAAUUCACCAAUAAUGAGUAUUGAUUAUUUCGACGAUGAAAAUGACGAUACGGAUACAGAUCAUGAAGAUGAUUCUUUAUUUAAUUCAAUUCAUGAUUAUUUAUUUAAUUUCGAUUGGCUUAAACAAUUAAUACUUGAAGAACAACAUAUUCUUGAAUAUUCACUUGAAUAUGGAUUUUUACGUUUACCACCUGAUACUCGACGACGACUUAAUAUUGAAGUUUUACUAGUUACGUUAGAUGUAACAAAUGAUACAUGUUUUGGUGGUGGUCUUAGUCGAUUUAUGCUUGAUCAAUUUAUUGGAUACCAAGAAAUUCUUAUGUCAAGUAUAAAACAAUUAGCAGAAAAAGAAACUCAUAAAGGUUAUGUUCGAAAUGUAAUGACAAAUGAUCAUUUUCGUUUUGUCAGUUCAUGGCAAAAUCGUCGAUGGUGGACAUAUUUAGUUGCUUUAUGUAUUAUGGUUGUUUUUACAAUUAGUAUAUCAAUGUUACUUCGAUAUUCACAUUUUCAAAUAUUUCUAUUUAUUGUGGAUCUUUUACGCAUGAUUGAGCAUAAUACAUCAGUAGUAUUUCCUGCUGCUCCAUUACUAACAGUUAUUUUAGCACUUAUAGGCAUGGAAGCAAUUAUGUCAGAAUUUUUUAAUGAUGCAUCAACAGCUUUCUAUAUCAUUCUUAUUGUAUGGGUAUCAGAUCAAUACGAUAGUAUUUGUUGUCAUACACCAAUAAGUAAACGUCAUUGGGUUCGAUUCUUUUAUAUAUAUCAUUUUGCAUUUUAUGCAUAUCAUGCACGUUAUAAUGGUCAAUAUUCUGGUUUAGCAUUAACAACAAGCUGUUGUUUUAUUGUUCAUUCAAUGUUAUAUUUUUUUCAUCAUUUUGAAUUACCUAUUAUUGAAGCACAGCUUGUUCAUAUAUUUGUUGAUCAAAAUAUAAUAACACAACCGUCACCGACCACGGAAACCAGAACAACAACAACAACAACAACAAAUGAAAGAAACGAUAACGAGGAAAUAUUACCAACAACUUAA